UCUUCUUCUUCAGAUUGUGUCUGACAGUAGAAACUCACUUUGUACUGUCAAAUUUCGUGUUUGGGAAAAUUCACGAAAAUUGGAUCCAAUGCAGUGCUAAAAUCAGCGUCAAUUGUCGCUAGAUUGAUUUCCUGCGGGAAAGACUGGAGUUAUCUACUACAACGAUUUCUCGUGUAUUUGCCACAAGCAAUAUCAUAUGGUGGAUGAAUGGGAGUAGUCUGUCGGACAUUGCGGUCUUCACUCUUGGAUCCUGUUUUGUUUUGCACCAGGGAGAUUGGUUUUGCUCCAGUUUCAGUUGAACGUGAUGAAGUUAGCCCUUCAAUGAGGCUGAGAACGAGAGUGCAUUGGGCAGUCACGCAAGAGCGCAAGCUGCGGACUAAUAGCUUCUUCUGCCACUCUGACUCCUGUCUUAGUUCUGUUGACGAUCUCAGGCAGGGCAUUCCCUGCAAGGAUUCUGCGGUGCAAGAGCACUGUCGUAGAUAACCAAAGAAACUUUGUGCUUGAAAGUCAAGCAAUUGUCACUGUUCCCGACUGUGAACAAUAAGGUCCGCUGGUGGCCAGGUGCUAAUGAGUUGUUCCGUGUUUGUCCAUAGUCUUUCGACCAAGCAGUGUUCGUUUCUCCGAAUGCUGUGACCAAUUCUGUACGUAAAGAAAAAAUCAGUCGACUACUCAUUGUGACAUUGAUCAGUAUUUUCAUGUCCUACCAGUCUGCUGAGGCUUUUCAGUCGCUCUCUUUCAGCUCUUGGAGACGCUAGGGGCUCAACAUCUAGUAAACGUAAGAAGGCUCUGAGGCGAGGCAUUAGUAUCAUCAACAUGGGUCAAAAGAAGCUUCGCUUUCGGUCGGACAAUGAGAGAUCGUUUUCAGCUGCGGAUACCUCAUGGAAUACAGAGGACAGCGGAGGACGAAUUCCAUUCUUCGAGAGAGUUUAUAAUUUGACUAACAAGGACAAAGUGUACACUUUGAUGGAAGAAGAGGAUAUGACAGGCAUUGAAGCCCACCGAAGACCGAUCGUGACUCGUGGUUCGUUUCAGAACGUGAAACUCUCUUUUGUCUCUUUGCCUCUAACAGGCAUCAAAGAAGAAAAACUUGCACCUACCCAGUUUCCUUGGAGAUGGAGCUGGAAAAUGUGGUUGCCCGGUUUUGAGGAUGCAGAACCUGGAGAAGCAGAAACGGCUCUCAAUCAUGUGUACGCUGGUGCGAUGGCCAGAACUGUAUCUCAGGUUGGCAUUCAUCCUGUGGAUACGGUGAAAACCAGAAUGCAAGUUAAGGAUCCUGCUAAGCAAUUGAGGAAAUGGAAAAAGAAAGUCGCCUCUAAACCCAUUGGUUUAGGUCCUGUGGGUAUAGACAACUGGUUUGUGAAGGGACCAGGAGACCUAUUUAGAGGAGUAACAGGAGCCAUUUUAGGGACUGUGCCGACUGCUCUAUUAUAUUUUGCCUCUUACGAAGUCACGAAGAGGAAGCUGAAGAAGAUUUUGCCAGAAAAUUGGGAUGGACUUAUCCAUGUUGCUUCAGCCUCUGUCGGCACUAUUGUAGCUUCAAUUGUCCGGGUACCAGCGGAUACUGUGAAACAUAGAGUUCAGGCUUACAUGCAUGCAAAUGUAUUUGAAGCAUGCAGAAUGGUUGUUGCUACAGAUGGGAUUGGUGGCCUUUACAGAGGCUUUUGGCCAACGCUUAUGCGAGAUGUCCCCGAGAUAGCAAUCCAGUUUGGUGUAUAUGAGAAACUGAGGAGCUAUAUUACAACGAAACGCAAAGUAUCCAAAUUAACCACUCCCGAACAUUUGCUACUGGGAGCGUUUGCAGGUGCUAUUGCAGCAACCUGCACGAUGCCACUUGAUUUCAUUAAAACGAGACAGCAAUGCGGAAUGUCGGCGAGUAUACCCGACAUUGUGGCGUCUGUUAUUCAAGAAAAAGGUGUAGGAGGUCUAUUUACUGGUUUGGGAUCGCGAGUGCUUCACGUAUCCUUGAUGUCAGCACUCUUCUUCGGUUUGUUUGAGUAUUGCAAGCUGGUACUGAAACCCGGUCGGGAUCAAUAUGAUAGCCAAAUUUUCCCCAAAAUUAUGCUGAAGAGAAGGGACAAAAUUUGGAAAAGACAAUUUGUGUACACCGGAUAGUUAGUGGUCACGACCCUACGGUCAAUUGUCGAUAAAAAUUUGUACAUUCACAACGCCGUUAUAUAGAAAAGGCACGAAGCAAGGUGCGUUUUCUAAUUUUCACUGCCCUUACCGAUUAUAUCUUCGUGCUGGUUGUAACUGCCCUCACAACAUGGCACAGAUUAGUGUCAUGUGAAUUCGACGGUACGAAGACUCUUAUGGGAGUCAGAUGACAGGCAAACAUGAGUGAUUGAUGAGGUUGUAGAUAAGCUUGUGAUUGACAUUUCAAGAAUUUUUUUCAAGUAGAGAUUGUAGACGAUGCAAAAUCUUGUUAUAUUCGGGGUCAAGCCUUGGGCAACCAAGCAACCUCUAAUGUGGCGUUAUAUUUUUAGUGAUGAAAAUAAUAUCACUACGUUUAUUUGUCCUGCAUCGCAUGUCUAAAUUUUCCC